AUGUCGUCAGCACAAGAAGCAGCUCAUGCUCUCCCAUCCAGUUUUGACUUAAACGGGCUAUCGGGUGCAUUCAGUAAUCCAGUUCAAGCUUUUCGAAUGUUAGAUAAAAAUAAUGACGGACGUGUGACAAAAGAAGAUCUACAAAUGUUAUUAGAACAAUUUGGCGUUAAUGGUAUGGCAGCGAAAGUUUUGUCCAAAUAUAUUUUCAAACAAUUGGAUGCUAACGGCAAUGGAACAAUCGAACCAAGUGAUCUUGUACAUGCAAAUGGUAUUCUGACAAACUUAAUGAAAAUGAAACAGAGUGGUACUGCUUAA